UUGUGAACCUGUAACCUAUUGUCCUCGGGUCCAGGCCUUCUUCGGGGUGGCCCUCCAUGCCAAUCUGCUCCCCUGUGUUUUCUCGUUUCUGGAGAGUGUUUCUUGGUCCCUAGGUGUGGCAUGGCUGCGUGGAGCUGCCUUGUGACAGGCGCAGGAGGCUUUCUGGGACAGAGGAUCAUCCGCUUGUUGGUGGAGGAGAAAGAGGUGCAGGAGAUCCGAGCACUGGACAAAGUUUUCAGACCGGAGCUGCGGGAGGAAUUUUCUAAGCUCCAGAGCAGGGUGAAGCUGACCUUGCUGGAAGGAGACAUUCUGGAUGAACAGUUCGUGAAGAGAGCCUGCCAGGGCACCUCAGCGGUCAUUCACACUGCCUGCAUCAUUGACGUCUACAACGCCAUUCCGCCAGAGGUCAUCAUGAAUGUGAAUCUGAAAGGUACCCAGAGGCUGUUGGAGGCCUGCGCCCAGGCUAGUGUGCCGAUCUUCAUUUACACCAGCACCAUCGAGGUGGCUGGGCCCAACUCCUACAGGGAGGCCGUCCGGAAUGCCCGUGAAGAAGAUAACCUCGAAACGACAUGGUCGGCUCCGUACCCGUACAGCAAAAAGCUUGCAGAGAAGGCUGUGCUGGCAGCGAAUGGGUGGGCUCUUAAAAAUGGUGGCACCUUGUACACAUGUGCCUUAAGGCCCACGUAUAUCUACGGGGAAGGAAGCCCAUUUCUGUACAGGUUUUUUGACCAGGCCCUAAAAAACAAUGGCAUCCUUUCCCAUAACAGCAAGUUCUCCAUUGCCAACCCAGUCUAUGUUGGCAACGUGGCCUGGGCCCACAUUCUGGCUCUGAGGGCCCUGUGGGACCCUGAGAAAGCCCCAAACAUCCAAGGACAGUUCUACUACAUCUCAGAUGACACACCUCACCAAAGCUACGAUCAAUUCAAUUACAACCUGAGCAAAGAAUGGGGCUUCUGCCUUGAUUCCAGAAUGAGCCUUCCUGUAUGGCUGACCUACUGGCUGGGCUUCCUGAUGGAAAUAGUGAGCUUCCUGCUCAGUCCAAUUUACAGGUACCAGCCUCCCUUCAACCGCCACUUGGUGGCCUUGUCAAAUAGUGUGUUCACCUUCUCCUAUAAGAAAGCUCAGCAAGAUCUGGGGUAUGAGCCGCUCUUCAGCUGGGAGAAAGCCAAGCAGCAAACCACAGAGUGGAUUGGCUCCCUGGUGAAGAAGCACAAGGAAGCCCUGAAAACAAAGACUCACUGAAGCGGGUGACAAGGGUGUGGAUGGGGUGCUGUCACGGAAUGGCUGUCAAGAUCCCCUCUCUGGCCCAGAAAGUGACUUGGGCCCAGGUCCUGCUGCAUCCCUUUUAUAAGGUGGCCAUCUAAUUGUCUUCCUCCCAGCAGCCGUCACUGGCCCAACUGCAAGCUUUCUGCCCCACCCGCUCUCCAGAGGACAGACAAGGAGAUUUGCUGCAGCUGCUGGUCCCAGAGUCUCAGUUGCUGGUUCUGAGCUAUUUGGGCGUCUUUAAUUCAGGCUUUCGCUCACUAGUUCCAUUUCCUUUGUUAAUGGCAACAUCUUAACAUUCCUAUUCCUUCACACAGCUCAAUGAAAAGAAUA